AUGCAUCAUUCGUCCUUGUCCAGCUCGUCUUCGCUGUCGGGCGGGCCUCCAACUGAAUACUCACCUUUCCAGAGCUAUGACGGCACUUUGGCACCACCAUAUGGGAACCUCCUGUAUCCUACGAGCCAGCUUCAUGGCCAUGGAGGACAUCACUCGACAAACCCGUUGGAUCACGCCAGGAUCCCUGCAGUCGCUUCAAGAUACCCUUUUCCAGCAUACUCGCGGAGUACAUCGCCAACUGGACGGCACCGAGCGGAAAUCGGGUCAGAGUAUUCUGCCAGUCUGGCACCAUCACAAUUUCCUUCCCCAGGCGCGGUGCCAGCCGUCACUGCUGGGUCGGAGGGCUAUCCGUCCCCUUCUGUCGCCUCUGGCUACACCUCCGACGUGGCCAAUACGGCAUGGGCAAAACCCGAAUACUCGUCAAUAGAACCUCAUCCUUACUAUGCAAGCACAGCUGUUUCUCCGCCCAUCGCGAACCCCGAGACACGACAUGUCAGGACAACCCGCGCUCCGAAGCGUCAGACACGUAAAUUGACGACCAAGGAGGAUGCCAACUUUCAGUGCGAGGUUCCGGGGUGUGGAAAACUAUUCAGUAGAAGCUACAACUACAAGGCGCACAUGGCGACACAUAACGAGAACCGGGCUUAUCCAUUUCCUUGCCCCGAACCAGAGUGCGGCAAGAAGUUCGUCCGCAAAACCGAUCUUCAACGACACAACCAGAGCGUCCACACCAAAGAGCGAAGUCACAAAUGCGAUUUUUGCCACCGGAUGUUUGCCAGAAAGGACACUCUUCGAAGACACAUGGACGACGGGUGCUCUCGACGUUUUGACAUCGAAACAGUCGACAUGGGCCGUGGCAGCCACACAGACUACGAGGCCGCCGGCAAGGCAGGAGCACAGGCUGUGGAGACUCUUCAUGUGCCGGGCUUACACCACUACUCAUCACAAAUGAGCAUGCCUCCAGCCUCAGGGAGCAACAAAUUUCUGGGUCACCUGAAUGCCUAUCCAGAUGGCUGA